CGGAGACAGUCCUCCUCUCGUUUGUUUUCUUAUGCACGUGUUUGCAGCCAUGAGCUGAUUUUUAGCUCUAAAUUAUUUAAUUGUAAAUUUAACAGAUUUAGUUGCGGAAAGUAAUUAGUCUGAGAACAUGGACCUCGCAGCGAAAGACUCGUACAUUCAGAAAUAUGCAAGUAAACUAUUUUCUCAGCGAGAGAAGGAGCCGAAGAAGAGACCGUUUGUUCAUUUCAAGAGUAAGAGUGACACCGAUCCUUCAAAGAAGAAGAAGAAGAAAUUAAAGAAUAAUUCUACAGAUGCAUUAGCCAAGAAUCCUCCCAAACACCAACAAAAGUCUUCUCCAGGAGCUCAGAAAAGCCUUGCAGCAGCAAAAUCACAAACUCAGAGCACCACUGUCACUACAACACAACCAUCUAAAGAUUCAUCGUUCUCCACAGUGAACGUGUUACGGAAAAGGUUGCAUGAAAAGAUUGAGGAGUCCAGAGGGCAGGUCACCCCGAGUGAUUCGUUGUCAGAGGCAAUCAAAGCAAAGAGAGCAAGGCGCAAGCUGGAGCGGGAGCGAAAGAAGAGGAAGAGGAAGGAGUUUUUGAUGAAGAAACACACCGAACAAAAUGACCCGGCACCACCAGCAGAGAUUAAAAAGGAAGAACAGACCCCUGCUGUCUCAAGUAAAAGAAACAAGACUGCCAUUCUCUUUAACAACAUCGAGACAGUGCAAGAGGGAUAUGAAACCAAAAUGCAGAAAAAGUUUAGGAAGAAAAAUAGCGUUAAAGGUAAUAUGACGCCACUCACAGGAAGGAACUACAAGCAGCUGCUCAGCCGCGUGGAGGAACGCAAAGAAAAGCUGGAGAAGCUGAGAGAGAAGGAUGAGCAGAAGGCCUGUGAGAUGGAAAAGAAGAUCAAAUGGACCAACCUGCUCUACAAGGCCGAGGGCGUAAAAAUCAAAGAUAACGAGGACAUGCUGCGGGCCUCGCUAAAGAAGAAGGAGAAGAGGCACGCACAGAGGAAGAAGCAGUGGGAGCAGCGAAGCGAACACGUCGUAGAAAAGAUGCAGCAAAGGCAGGACAAGAGGAAGAAGAACAUCCAGAAGCGUAAGCAAGUCAGAACAGAGAAGAAGAAAGACAGGGCGAGGAAGAAAGGCAGGGUGUUGCCCGAGGAUCUGAAAAAAGUUGCUGUAUGAGUUUGAAAGUUUCUGAUGAUUCAAGUAUUGUCCACCAGAUAUAAUUAAUUCUGUCGUAAUGAAUAAAAUGAUAUUUUUGGUCCUAAA